AUGCGUCUGGAUAGCAUCGCAUCAGCUGAAGAUGGCCGACCUCGAAGCCGUCCUUGCGGACGUCAGUUAUCUGAUGGCGAUGGAGAAAUCCAGGAGCCAGCCGGCAGCACGAGCGUCAAAGAAGAUCGUCCUUCCGGAUCCGAGGUUUCUGCCCUCUUUUGA